CUCUCCAUUGCCCUCCUAUAAUGAAACCGUGACAGAUACAAACACCACACAGGUUUCAGUUCCUCUUUCAACGUGGUUUCUUUCUCUUUUGUUAUUGAUUUUUUAUUGUUCCCUUUUUUCUCCUAUAAAUACCCAUACCAUCUUCAUCAUCGUCUUCAUCCCCCUUCAAACACAAUCUCCCAAAUCCCAAACCAUGUCUCUCCUCAAGAACCCAACCCAUGUUAUCAUCUUCACCAUGCUUUUGGUGACCCUGUCAUCGGCUCUGGACAUGUCUAUUAUCGAUUACGACAUUAACCAUGUAAGCCAACAACCACAGAGGCAAACAACCAAUACCCAAGUAAGAAGGUUGUACGAAACAUGGUUGGUGAAACAUGGCAAAGCUUAUAAUGACUUGGGAGAGAAAGAAAAACGGUUCGAUAUCUUUAAGGAUAAUCUCAAGUUCAUCCUGGAACAUAACUCGGUUAAUCGUACGUAUAAGGUGGGUCUUAACAGGUUUGCGGAUAUGACCAAUGAGGAAUAUAAAGCUAUGUAUUUGGGUACUAGGGUUGACCCGAAAACCCGGUUACGUAGACUCGCGGGGAAAGAGAAGAGUAAUAGGUAUGCAUAUAAGGUUGGUGAUGAAUUGCCAGAGUCAGUUGAUUGGAGACAAAAAGGUGCUGUCAUGGAUGUAAAAGAUCAAGGCCAAUGUGGGAGUUGCUGGGCAUUUUCAACUGUGGCUGCUGUGGAAGGGAUAAACAAGAUCGUGACCGGUGAUCUUAUCUCUUUGUCGGAGCAGGAACUGGUGGACUGUGAUAAUAUGUAUAACCAGGGUUGUAAUGGUGGUUUAAUGGACCAUGCUUUUGAGUUUAUUAUUAACAAUGGUGGUAUUGAUACUGAAGAAGAUUACCCUUACCGGGCUACUGAUAAUACAUGUGAUAUAAACAGGAAAAAUGCUCGUGUUGUUACCAUUGAUGGAUAUGAAGAUGUCCCUGAAAACGAUGAGAAUUCUUUGAAGAAGGCUAUUGCACAUCAGCCUGUUAGUGUUGCCAUUGAAGCUGGUGGCAGGGCCUUCCAGCUCUACCAAUCGGGUGUGUUUACCGGUCAAUGUGGAACAAGCCUAGACCACGGUGUUGCCGCUGUUGGAUACGGCACAGAAGGUGGUGUAGAUUACUUUCUUGUGAGGAAUUCAUGGGGUCCUAACUGGGGAGAGAAUGGAUACAUCAAGAUGGAACGUAACGUCGCAGGUACAUCUACCGGCAAGUGCGGUAUUGCAAUGAUGGCCUCGUACCCCAUCAAGAAAGGACCAAAUCCACCUAAACCGGCUCCAUCUCCCCCUUCUCCCGUAAAACCCCCAACCGUGUGCAACGAGUACUACUCAUGUCCUCAAGGAAGCACUUGCUGUUGCUUAUAUGAGUAUGGCAAAUACUGCCUUGGCUGGGGAUGUUGCCCAGUGGAAUCUGCAACCUGCUGUGAUGAUCACUACAGUUGUUGCCCUCAUGAGUAUCCCGUAUGUGACCUCACAGCCGGAACUUGCCGCCUGAGCAAGGACAGUCCAUUGGGAGUAAAGCUAUUGAAACGAGGUCCGGCUAGUUUGAUUACCAAGCAACGAACCAGGACGACGGUUAGCGGCAGUGCUUGAGAAGCAAUGGAUUUCCUCCUUGGUCAUGGAGGAGAAAGCUAAAACCAAGUCUGCAAUGGAUGAAAAAUACUUCUACUGGUUUUUAAUGACAUAAAAAACAAAUUAAGGGAGAUCACAAAAUAUUUACUCAUUUAUAUUUAGUAGUCUUGUUUAAACUAAAGCAUACACAAUGCCUUUAGAUUUAUUGUCUUUUAUGUAUAUUGCAGAUUAUUUUUAAUGAUUUCCUUUCACCA